CUCUCUUACAGUACAGUAGCUACCUUGCACAUCUAUGAUUCUCUCUAGUGUUCUUGUACCGUUUCUCAUCUUCCAAGGAAUUUUGGCAGUGAAGAAUGAUGAUAAAGAAGAAGCAGAGGAGAUCGACGUUGAUUUCAAUUAUUUAGACACAUCAAUAUCUCGUACGGCAUUUUACUUUGAAAAACAAGAUUUUCAAACAGCAGGGACCUACGAACUUUUACUAACCAAGAGAAUUGAAGUCAUGGAACAAGCCAUAGCAGUAGAUGAGUAUUCCUGUAAACUAGACAAAGAAUCAGGAGAGCCGUCGUAUCAGCUUUUAAUGAAAAAGUUGUCGAUGCCAGGUGGCAAACGCUAUACUCAACUGGUACUCAAGAAUGGACAAGGGCUGGUUAACCUCCCAUUGGCCACCUACUCAGAUCACGAAACUUAUCCUUUGCUAUCCUCCUUUACCAAUGGUGAUGUCAUCGCAUCUGACACUCGACUGUAUCUUAAGAAGGGAUCGACCCCCACCAACCUGACUCUCCUAGUCUACGGGAUCUUCUCCAGAUUACCUGUAGGUGAAAAAAAAGAAGCUUCCAAAGAUGCGUACCACACAAUAGUCUUCAACCGAGAGGGUGAUGAUGCUUCUAUUACUUUCAAGAGCCAAAAAAAAUAUAUUGAUAAAUCUAUUGUUAAAAAACAUGUAAAAGAUGGAGAAUACCAAAGACUUGAAGCAGUCUGCAAUUCCAAAGACCUUUUGGUCUGACCUUUUGGAAACAAAAACAUGUCAAUCGAUGACCACUUAGUAAAAACCACUU